CAAACCCCUUGUACAAACCAAGCUCUUAAAUCAAACGCCGAUGAAGGCCAAAAUUUUUUAGGCGUAGUUUGCCGCUAUUUUUUCUUUUAACUGGAGGCUCCAACCUGAAAAGCGCUCAAAGGACGACUUGAACAACUCUAGAACAACUCACCUUCGUUAAUCAACCAUCCCUCAGAGAUUCUCUGACCCUUCCCGUGCUAUAUACGACUUGACAUUUGAGUUGUGAAUAUGACGCAAUUCACUGUUCAAGUUGGCCGAUGAGCGUCAACUACGGAACCUUUCAACUUAGAGAGCCCGAAUGGGUCACCUGCUGGAGGAGGGAGAGAUGGUGCUGGACAAAGAGGAAGAUGCGUGGGUGCAGCUCGAGAGCCUCAUUGAGCAAGAGCCACUCUUCCAGCCUCUACUGCAGUUACCCUUGGUGGCCAGAGACAAUAGCGAAGUGACUGCCGGAAUGAGAGACGAGACGGUGCAGGUUCUGCGUUGUCUGAAGGUUUGCUUCGACCUUCCGGCGGAAGUCCUGCUGCUGGCCACCUUGAGCAUGGACCGCUUCCUGACCAAGAUGCGCGCUCUGCGUCGCCACCUGGCCGUCAUUGGCGUUGCCGCUCUUCAUUUGGCCGCACGUGCCCUCCAGCCGGAAGGGACCUGCCCAGAGUUGGCCGUCCUUGCAGCCGUUUCUCAGUGCGGCUGCACUGCUGCUGACCUUGGACGCAUGGCAGCCUUGAUGGAACUCAAGCUGGGCUCCUCGAUUGCAGCCACGGCUUUUGACUUCCUCGUCUCCUUUAGGUCUAUCCUGGGGCUCACAGGACCCAAUUCUGCUGCUCUUGAAGUCCUUGCAGCCGACUCCGCUUGUUCCAACUUCCGGCCCUGCGAACUGGCUCUGGUGCUCUUGCAUUUGCACAUUCAGGAUAGCCCUGAGAAGAUAAGGCUGGCCCUUUCAAAGCCUAUUUCGGACAUCUACUACGCCUGCAAGAUAAAUGAAAACAGUCUGUGGUACUGCUAUGAAGUUGUCCUGGCCAGUUUGAAGCAGUACGAGGAACAACCAAAAAGUUCCCAAAACAAGCAGCGUCUUGUGUGGCGUCUUUCGCAGCGAACCUACCGCACCCUGCGCCCCACAAGCCUAUUUGAUAGAGAGCUUGAAACUAUCCUUGAAGAGAACCUCAAAUUAUCAGUCGAAUGAAUGAUUUCCAUUCCUAAUCUCCCCCAAAACACAGAUUCUGGUAGCCAGUAAUUUUUAUUUACCUCUUAUAUUGUCAUGGUGCUUAUUUUAAAAUCUAGUGUUAAAUUUUAUAUGAUGCUCAGAGAUGAAUUUGAUUCAUACAUUUAUUGUCUAUUUGUCCACUAUCAAUGUUUACUUCAAUUAUAAUUGGAAAACAACUUGUUUUUAAAAUUAAGAAAAAUUUUGGACAAAAUGGCACCAACCACUAGCAAAUGUUUUUGCAGGGCAUCGGUGGCAUUAUCAGCGUACUGAUGCAAUUUAAAAAACUAGUGCUCUUUGAAAACUACACUGGUGAAGCAUUUUUUACUUUCUUAUCCAACAGUGCCAAUUUGAGAUAGUACAAAAUUUGAGUCCAAUCAUUCUCAAUGUGAGCUUCAAUUUUGUACAGAUUUUCUACAAAAUAAACAAGACUAGUCCAUCAAG